CCUCUCCCAACUGCUUAUAAAGAGCAGGCAUUUGCCACCUCUUCUGCUCAUAUCAUCACUCGACUGAUAGCCCUUUUCUUUUCUUCGACUCCUCUUGAUCUUUCUUUCUUCCCUUCAUCACAGACACCAUUCAAGCAACCCAGCAUUUUCAAUACAAUCUAAACUAGUCAUUCCAAUCUCUCAAUCAGGUUAGGGGAGAAAUGGCGUCCAGUUCGAUGUCGAGGGGUUCGAGCUCCUGGACGGCGAAGCAGAACAAGGCAUUCGAGAAGGCGCUGGCGGUGUACGACAAGGACACGCCGGACCGUUGGCACAAUGUGGCCAAAGCCGUGGGUGGCAAAACUGCUGAGGAAGUGAAGAGGCAUUAUGAGUUGCUUGUGGAGGAUGUGAAGCAUAUUGAGUCUGGCCAAGUCCCCUUUCCUAAUUACAGGACAACCGGGCAUGGAAACAGUAAUGAUGAGGACAAAAGGAUGAAGAAUGUGAAGCUCCAUUGAAGCGUGAUCUCUUGGGAGAGAGAGAUAUAUCAAAGAAGCAGCAGAUAUAUGAUAAUAAGAAGACCAGUACUUGUAUUAGCUUUAGGUAUAAUCACAAGCGGUGAUUUAUAUGUCUGAAUAUCGUCAAGUUACGUGCUCCUAGAGUUCUACUCAACUGUGUAUUUGUCAUUCCGCAAUUAUAAAUUCUCAACGUAUUAGUCA